AUGAAGUGUGGUCAGGACCGCAAAAGGCGGGAGGAUAUGCCUAAAAAGAAAGAGACUUUAUUUCAACGGACGAUUCCCGGCAAAUACAUCCCAAGAGAUGGACCACCACCAAUCAACGGCGUUCGUUCUGGUGUCGGUAGUGAUAAUCGAUUUAAUUCAAGAAUGGCUGAACUUUUAGCAUCUUCUGCUUACAACAAUAAUGAUUCCAAUAGUAACAGUACUAAUGACGAUAUCGAGAAUGAUUUAUCUCCAUCUGUGGAACGAACAGUUACUAUUUCGAAUGACACUGAUUCUCCUUCAUCUCGUGUUAAUUCAAAAUUACUCCAUCGUCGAAUCGUAACAAUGUUAGAAACAUUAAGACGUCGUGGUGUUCCGGUACCUCCUCGGCAAAUGAAAGGGAUGGAGAACAUGAUCGACACAGAUUUACAACCCAUUACAUUUGGACAAUUAAAAGCCACAACAGCAAGUAACGGUUCAACUCAAGUAACAUCACUUUCAGAAAGACAAACAGAUAUUGAAAAUUCAACGACUUCUUCUUCAAUUAAUUCUGUUAGUAUCUCACGUUCAUACGACGAUCUUUCCGAUGAUUUAUUUUCUCGAUUAUCGUUAAAUAACAAUUCAGAUAUUAGCCCAUCGACAGCAACUACGACCAAAACGACAAAUAUGACACAAUUAAAAUCAUUAUCAAUCACUGAUAGUUGUCCAGAUCUGUCGUCGAAAAUAAAUCAGAAUAUCAUGCAGCAACAGGAGACAAAAGAAAGACGACCUACACUAUAUUAUUCACCUUCGCUUGAACAGUUAUUAAAUCAACGUUCAUUUCAAAAUGAACCAGAAAUGUCAACAUCUCCACCUCCACCACAGUCACCACCCUCAAUUCAACAGACAUCUACUCAAUCAACUCCCAGUGUCGAUGAAAUCAUAGCAAAAUAUUACAGUGGUUAUCAUCAAAACCCAGCAUAUGUUGAUAAGAGUAAAGGUUUUUAUAUUCAUCCGGCGCCAAUAAAAAAUACUACAUAUGGCCCAUCUUGGCAAUUUUCUUCGACAUCAAAUCAACAACCAACGUCCUACCAUGUUCCAACAAUAACAUCCAAUAUUCAACAUCAAAAACCUACAGUAAUGUUUCCACCAUCAAUGUUACCGAAUCAGAAUAAAAGCAGACCGCCUCCACCUUCCUAUUCUUCCAGUGUUGCACAAACAAAUCGAACUAAACCUGUAACAACAGUGCAUAACGCUGGAUCGCGUUUUAUUCAUCCAUUUCAACAACAAUCGACACCGCUGUUAUCCACAAUUCCUAAUUCAUCCUCGUUUGAUGUUGUAAUGUCUCUUAAUUCAGCCCAACAACACGUUCCUCUACCUCCUCCUACAAUUUCUAUUUCUGCUAGUACGAAUAUUCCACAAACCAAUAUUACACCGUCAAAACAACUUCAUCAAUCACAACUUCCUUUAACAACUCAGCAAUCCGCUCUUCGUUCACCACCUCCUCGUUAUCCGAUUGAACGAUCUCAUUCAGCAUUAUCAGCCAUUAAUCGACCAACGUUUACCGUUGCACCGGAAACACAACAAACAACUAUGACAGCCACAACAGCAGGAAAUCAAAAUACAAAUUCUGAUAUACGCUCACAGAUAUUAUACGAUAGAGAGUUUUCACGAUUUUUAUAUGGAAAGGAUAGUAAUCGUCGAGAGAAACGAAAAGCAUACAGUGAUCCAGUGAAAAAAAGUGUUGAAGAAGCUGGUCGAACAGAUUCAAUAAGCAUAGCUAAUCAUCCACUUGUAGCCUCGCAUCAUUUGGGAAAAGAGGAUGCUGUUAAAGAAGAAGAUGACGAUGAAAAUGAAUAUAAUGAAAGUGGUAUAAACAAUGGACAAAAUUUAGAACAACAAACACAAAAAAAUAGUCGAUCGUCUGAAAAUACAGCAAUUCGAAAACGUCGCUUUCAAAAACAAUCAGAGGAUACAUCUACACGAAUUGCUCAACAGCAACAAUCUUCUUCUAUUCAUUCUUCUCCGCCACCCAAAACAAUUGUGCCUGCUAAUCCAUUGCAUAAUCGUCCAAUUCCACCAUUUCUUCGCGUUUAUUCUCAAGCACCAUCAUCCAAUGAUAUUUUACUACAAUGGAAUUUAUUUUCAUUACAUGAAUUAGAAUCAUUCGAUGGUAUGAUGACAAAAUUAUUUAAAGAUGAAAAUUUAGCUCGUGUACAACUAUAUGAAACAUUUCGAUCAGCAUUAGCCGCAGAACUUGAUCAAAAAAUGAAACAAGCUCAAAAAGAUGCUGACAACGAAGAAGAAGAUGCUGUUACAGCUUUAUAA